UUCUCCUCUCGUCAACAACACCUUCGAUCUUCUUCUUUGGCCCUCUCAACAGCAACAGCAACAACAACAAACAACGCCAUCAUCAUCAUGAAUAACAGGGCAGGGCGAGCAGCCGCUGCGCUUUCGCAAGCAAUGGAUGUAGAGCCGCUGGGGUCGAGCUCGAAUGCAACAGCUUAUGGCGGGACUGGCGGCACCGAGGCGCAGCUGGAGGCACACGCGCCGAGCGAUCUCCAAGUGCGCAUGAUUGUGCUGUCCUAUUUGAUUCACCACAGCCACGCCGACACUGCCCGCGCGCUGAUGCGGACGAUGGGCCUCGACUGCGACGCGCUGCUUGAAAGCGUCAGCACAGCAACUUCAGCAGCCUCGUCUGCCUCUGCUUCCGCCCCAGGCUCGGCCAUUGCUACGGCGGCGACCACCGUCACAUCCCACGCUGCCCCUUCGUCCGCCAUGGUUGCUGAUGGCGGUGCUGGCGGCGUGUCUGCUGCAACCAGCACGACCGACGCCGAAUCGACCGAUCCGGCUGUAUUGAAACAGCGAGCGCGAAAGAAGCGAUUGGAAAUGCUGAAUGAAAAGCUCGCAGCGACUGUGCUCGACCCUGAAGACGAGGCCAGUCUCGCGCAAGAGGCGGCGCAACUCAAGGAGUUUGUCCUGUCAAUGCUUCCUGCGUUCAGCAGUAUGAACGAUCGCAAAAACCUCUCGGACCAAAUUAUUGCUGGCGAUGUGGAAAAUGCUCUGGCGGGUUGUGCCGUGCUUUAUCCUGGGUUGUUCCCGCAAGACAAGAGCAAGAUAGACCGCGACACGCUGCGAGUGUUGUUUUUGAUGCAGUCUCAGAUAUACCUCGAGCUUGUGCGGGCCAAUGAUGCCGUCAAGGCGUUCGAGCUGCUCCAAAACCAGCUCGGAGAAUAUGCCUUCCUCGAGACGCACUCGACCUCCUACAUGGAGCAACUGCAGGACCUUGCCCCGCUGCUUGCAUACAGUAAUCCGUCGUCCGUACCCGGAGGGCAAUUGAUGAAUGUGCAACGGCGCGAGCUGGUGGCCAGCGCCUUGAAUACGGCAAUACUUGGAUAUCUGAACGCCCCAAAAUACGACCCAUUAAGCGCCACGGUGCGACAGUUGACAGCCACAAGAGACUUUUUGUCGCGCGACAAGCAACUGUCUGUGCGCCCGUUCAAGUUUCAAGAGUUUGUUCAAGACAGGUCGAAAUCCAAUGCGUCCAAUUCCUCCAAUCCCUCCAGACCUGACUUGCAGGCGGUCAUGCGUCUGUUUGGGCGAACUCAUGCAGCCCAAGAUUGAGUUCAGUGGUUUGAUUAGGGGCUUUUGUGGUUUUUUGUUUUUUGUUUUGUCACUGAGUUGUUCAUUGUUUUAAUACCAACUAGUUUGUUUCACCAA